AUGCCCGGAAUCCUGCCCAUGAAGGUGAUCAAGGUGGGCACCAGCUCCCAGAGCCGCAUCGCCCAAGCCUGCGACCGCUGCCGCAGCAAGAAGAUUCGCUGCGACGGUAUUCGGCCGACCUGCUCGCAAUGCGCCAACGUAGGCUUCGAGUGUCGCACCAGCGACAAGCUGAGCCGUCGCGCCUUUCCGCGUGGAUACACUGAGUCUCUCGAAGAGCGCGUUCGCCAGCUCGAGCUCGAGGUUAGGGAGCUGAAGGACCUGCUGGACGAGAAAGACGAGAAGAUUGACAUGCUAUCGCGUAUGCACGGAAAUCACAGCCACCACUCAAGUCAUCGUAGCCCGUCCGUGGCCGCCGCAUCAGCGAACUCGCCGGCCGGGUCGUCUUCCGCCGUGGAUGUCAGGGAAAAGUCCGGGUCACCGGCCAAGGAGGAUACGUUCCGCGUCCAGGCGUCGCCGCUGCUUUUGGGCGUCGAGAACUCAGACUCCUACUUCAUGGGCCCCUCGAGCGGCCGUGCCUUCAUCGAGGCAUUCAAGCGUAGGAUGCAAGAAAACGGAAAGCCUUGCUCGGAUUUCAACCCAGAAGCUUUUUUGCAUAUUCAGGGCUGCCAUCCUUUGACGCCCAAGUCCCCAGACCAAGCUCUCAGAGUACCGCCACGAUUGUUUUCCGACCGCUGCGUCAACGUCUACUUCCAGGAAUGGGCACCGUUGUUCCCCGUGUUGCACAAGCCGACUUUCUUGCACAUCUACGAAGAGUUUGUAUCAGACCCAGAGAAGGUCAAGAAUAACCACAAGAUCGCGCAAUUGUAUCUCGUCUUCGGUAUCGCAGCUCUCGGCAGCGACCAGCCCGACUAUGACCAGAUUGCGGUUUGUGAGCAGCAGUGGCAGCGUGCUGUCGAGGCUGUGCUCAUGGAAAACACCAUGAUCACGCUGCAAUGCCUUGAGCUGGCUCUUCUCUACUGCAUCGUGAGAGCGGACUACAAGCGCCUCCAGCACUACAAGGGCAUCGCCGUCGGUUUGUCGCACCGCCUUGGACUCCACCAAAGCCAGAAGCGCUUCUCAUUCGGUGCUCUCACUAUUGAGACACGCAAGAAGGUCUUCUGGACUCUUUACACGCUUGACUGCUUCUCCGGCGCUAUUCUUGGUCUACCGAAGUUAUUGAAGGAGGACGACAUUCACGCUGAGUAUCCGUCAGAUACCGAUGAUGAGUACGUGACUGAGAAGGGCUUCCAACCGACUCUGCCAGGAGAGUACACUCGCUUGUCCAGCGCCCUCGCCCUCUUCCGCUGUUGCAGGAUUCUAGCCAAGGUCAUGGAGAAGAACUACCCGGCAGCGACGUCUCACGAGCUCUCACUGCAGCAAAUGUCCGCCAUGGAGGCUGAGCUCGACGAGUGGUGCGAGUCACUACCGGCUCAUUUGAAGCUCAACUUUGUUCAGGACAAGCCCUCGACCGAUGUUACUGGAAGCCGAUCCCCUCUGCUGGCGCUCGCCUACUACUACACGCGAACGCUCAUCUACCGCCCUGCCGUUGGCUCCUCUCUCGGCCACAAGGCUGCACCUGCACUCUUGUCGAUUGGAGAGUCCAGCAAGCACAUUGUGCAAAUCAUUCAGCUUCUCGAAGAGCGCAACAUGACUUUCUCCUUCUGCCUGAACAAGACCGACACUCUUGUGCUGUGUGGCAUGACCCUGCUCUACCACAGCUUCGAGCUGAAGCAGGACAGCAAAAUGAUGAAGGACGUCGAGCGCCUCGUCAACAGUGUUCUCAGGAUCCUCACGAAAGCCAAGGCCCCUGGAUCAUUCGACCUCAAACGCGUCGCCGGCAUGCUCAUUAAGCUAGACGAGCCUUCUUUGCCCACGCCGCCACAACCGAGCCCUGAUACGUCCAUGCGUGCACCGCAAAGGUCAUCACCGCCCGCAUCGGCGAACAAGAAGAAGUCCCCGCAACAAACUCUAGGUCGUCUUCCCAGCGCCGCUGCAAGCGAGAGCGAUCUCAUCCAGCAGCAGGAGAAGAUGCGCCGCAUGACCAUGCCUAGCAUUCAUAACCGCCCAGAACUCUACCGCUCCCGCUCACGGCCGUCAAUCGACAACUUGCAACAACAGCAAGACAUGUCCGCCGCCCGCCGGGAACACCACCGUCUUUCCAUGUCACAAAUCGCCAAUCGCAUUAGGACACAUAACGGAAAGCAGAAUCUCGACUACCUCUCCCUCAGCAACACGCCCAAUGGCUCCUCACCACCAUCACCCACAUCGGCACGUCUCCAACAACAUCUUCUCGCCGCGGCGCAUCAGAGCUUGUACAACUCGCAGCAGCAACCGCAAAAGAUAUCCGGUGUGUCGACGACCGAAUGGGAGGCGUUGCUCGGCUCUAUGGAUUGUGGUCUGAACAACGUUUACGACGCGAUCUACGGUGGCGGUGGCGGUCUCACGCAGAUGAGUGACACGACGCCCGCGUCAACGAAUCUGGAUGGCUGGUCGCCGGACUCAUGGGACCUUGCAAGCUUCAACAUUGGCGACUUUGGAACGAACCCAGCGCCGCCGCAAAGUGUUCUGAGCGUAAGCGAAGAGUCGCUGAGUUCGGGAGAGGAUUUGGCGAGUGAUUUGAACAUGAGCGUCAGCAGUUUAGAAUACCGCAACGCGUUGUUGGCUUCGUGCUCGGGGAACAACAAUGACGGGCUAUUUCUCGAGGGUUUGGAUGGGAAUUACGGGCUAUGA